GGGUUAGGUCCAGGGUCCUGACAAGUGAGCCUCCGGCGUCGAACCUCGCCAUGACUGCGGCAGGCACGAGUAGAAACCGAAAGCGGUGGCCGUUGCUCUUGCUGGCGCUACCCUUCCUGCUUUCCCAGGUCCCUGGCUUCUCCUUGCGGAAGAAGAAGGCGGAGCCGGUGCCGGAGCCGGUGGAGGAGACGAAGCCGUCACCUGCCGCGGUGCUGCUGCAAAACCUGCAGGACCCCAAGGCGCUGGGCGGCUUGACCUUUGCGGCGCUGAUCUUGCUGACCUGGUGCCGGCACCGCUCUGUGCAGGCCUUCCGGCGGCUGAAGCGGCCCUACUCGCUCGCCGAUGAGGGGAACCUGCAGGAUUUGGAACUGGACAAGGCGCAGCAGCAGCUGGAGAGAGCCAUUACCUGGCUGCAGGACACGGUGAUCGUGCCCAUCGAUAAGCGACUGCCUGGUAGACCCUUCGAGUUCGACCUGCACAUCUUUCCGUGCAAGCCGACGGUGCUGAUGAUCGGGAACCACUCCUCCGGCAAGUCCACCUUCAUCAACCGCAUGAUGGGAGUGCAGGUGCAAGAGACGGGUGUGGCGCCCACGGACGACGGGUUUACCAUCCUCGAGCGGAGCGAGGAGGAAGAGCAAUUCGAGGACGGCCCCACGCUGACUGGCUGCGCGGAGAAUCGGGCCUUCCGUGAGCUCCAGCGAUUCGGGCGAUCCUAUCUGGGCCACUUCCGGCGCAAGCGCAUGGUGCUGCCCGAGGAUGCUGAGCUCCCGUAUGGCUUGCAGCUGGUGGACACGCCGGGCAUGAUCGACUUGCCGGGGAACAACCAGACCACGUCCAAGGCCCGGGGCUACAACUUCGUGGAGGUGGUGCGGUGGUGGGCAAAGCGCUCGGACCUGAUCUUGCUGCUCUUCGACCCCGACAAGCCCGGUACCACGGGAGAGACCCUGGAGGUGCUGACCAAGUCCCUGGCCGGACUGGAUCACAAGUUCCUGGUUGUCCUGAACAAGGUGGAUCAGUUGGACAACAACGUGGACUUCGCACGGGCUUAUGGCACCUUAGGCUGGGCCCUGUCCAAGGUGAUCCCUCAGAAGGACAUCCCCAUGGUCUGGACGAUGUACAAUGAGCGCAAUGGUUCGAACCACAUCAAGGUCCAGGACAACGAGCUGCCCUUGGAGGCCUUUGCCGCCAACCGGCGGGCGGUGGUGCGGGAGGUGCUGCGCGCCAAGGUGCGACAUUGGGACAAUGUCGUCACAUCCUUCGAGGAGUGCCUGCGGCAGAUCGACAUGGCGGCACGGAUGAGCAUCGCCGUGGGCGCCAGCGUGCGGGGCCAGACUCGCCGAGUGUGGCGAGGUGGCAGUUUGCUGCUCCUCCUGCCUUUGGCCGCCGCGAUGGCCUUUGGGCCUUGGGGCUAUGACUGGCCAGGACCUAACUCAGUGCUGGUGCAAGCAUCCGUGAUGUGCGGAGUUUUGUGUCUGAUUGUGCUGGGCCUGAUGCUAGAGCACCUGCGCCAGUUUGAGCGCAUCCAGCUGAGCAGAGCAGGGCUGAACGCCCUCUUUGAGACGGUGUAUCACAACACCUUCAUCCACAGCGAGGGCGAGGACCUCCGCAUCCGCUGGGAAACCGUGAGGCCGCGCUUGGAGGCCAUGAUCCGAAGCGUUAGCAGCCCGCUGCUUCUGCCGGUGAUUGAGAACUGGGAACUGGCGAGGAUAGAAGAGGUUUUGCAGCAGGACGUGUGGUACCUUCGGCAGCUGGCCAAACGGCUGCGGCCCGCAGAGCCAAAGCUGCCAGGACAGCCAUCUCCGAAGAAGCCCGCGCCCAAACCGAAGACGGUGCCCGAACCGAAGACGGCGCCCGAACCGAAGACGGCGCCGAGGGUGAGAACGGCACCAGCCCCGGCUCCUGCCCCCCCUGCGCCGGCGCCGGCUCCGCAGGUUUCGGGCCCGGCGCAAGACAAGGAGGAGGUCCCGAACGCGAAGGCGCCAAAGGCGGAGCCCAAGGCGGAACCAAAAGCGGAGCCCAAGGCGAAGCCGGAGGAAGAGGACAAGAACCUGUAGGCGCUCGCGCUUGUGGACUUAGCGGUUUUUAGACGAAUCCGGGGAACGAACCCGCGGCCGAGCCAUGGGAUUUGAGCCGCCGACGACUCCGGGCGCGCGCCACCGGGGACCGGAUUUGUAAGUUGUCGGCUGAUGGUUGCUGGUGGCUCGGCUGCUUGGGAUGACCCCGAGAUUUGGGCCGGUCUCAAGAGGGUAGCCUUUGUCGGGGU